AUGUCAAAUCCCACGAAAGCGGCGAGCAACGUCGAAAACUCCAACAUGCGAUGGCAGUUUAUCGACUCUUCGAAUAACAGUCGGAGCAAUCUGACGCAAGUGAAGCGCCAUGUUAUGCAAGAGUACCUGCGCUAUAAAAAAGGUGGCUCUCGUCAAACCAGCGAAAGCGAAGAAGAGCCCGUUAUUGCUUCGAAACGUGGGCGGCCCAGAAAAGGUCGAGCUGCGAAGCGCAAGUCUGCAAGAAAGGCCGAGAAAAGCAGCUCUCCAGAUCAGUCACAGGAAGGAACCUUCCCUUCUGGGGACACACAGGCCCAAAUCGAGGAUAUUCACUGGCGGGAAGCCGCUACAUCCUCAAUUAUCUCGCUAGCGGUUCCAGUCCUUGAUCCUGCUCUUCCUCUAUCUCACCACACAUCUCCUGUCGUGCCACAAGGCUAUCAGUUCCCACCUCGGGGCUUCCUUAACUUCUCUCCGUACAGCCAUAAUUAUACAGAAGACUCUAACAGUCUUGAGUCGUUUUCGUCUGCUACCAUUACUCUUCUCGAAUAUGCACGGUCCCCGAGGACGAUUUUAAGCGCUGCACGGACAGAUCCAUUCAAUAGCCUCCCGAUAGAGCUCGAUCUUGAAGGCCAAAGACUAUUCGACUUUUACGUGAGUGAUAUGCCGGCAUGCUCCUAUGGCACCCACUUCCGAUCUACCAAAGCACACAACUGGUACACGGCCGUCUUCAUCCCGGAGGCUAUGAAAGGUGCCGUAGCCUUCCAAAAUACAAUCCUGGUUCAUGCCGCCAAUACUUGGGCCUGGGUCCGCAACGAGACCGAAACUUCCAGCACUCUCCUACACCGAGAUCGCGCUCUGACAAUGCUCCGAGAGCAUCUGUCCAAUGACCCUCGAGCCGACUCUGAUGUCGCAAUCAUCUCCUGCCUGAGCGCCGCCGCUCUGGAAGACUUUGAUCCCAGGCCGGGCCACAAGGAAAUCAGCUGGGUGCAUAUGCGUGCAGCUCGCGAGAUGAUUAGGUCUCGCGGCGGACCAACCGCCUUCGCAAAUACCCGACUCGGGAUGCUGAUCAAUUGGCAAGAUUAUAUCUUGUCGGGAUACGAAACUCAUGGGCCAAGCUUCUUUUUUGAAAACGAACCACCGACUUCAAUCUCGCAACCCGAGUGCGCUCAAUCCCAACCUUCUCACAACCUCUACUCCAUACCAUCUCCGCCAAGUUCCACCUCUUCUGUCCUCUCAGACCUCGCGGCAUGCCCAGAGCCCACACCGACAGCCCAAAGAACGUCACCAAUGGAUGAGAUCCGACUUCAAUGCGAAGAGUUCCUCGACUUUCUCCGCCGCUGCGAACAACUAUCUCUCUACCAACUACAUAACCUAGAAUCUUGCGACCCAACCCGUUACACUGCAGUAAAAACAUCAUCUCUCCUAUACAAAGUCCUAGCCGCUCCCCCAAGCGCACGGUUCACCGCAUCCGGAGACCGAAAACAAAUGGUCGCUCGACUGACAGCAGUCAUGAUGUUGAACGCCGCCCUCUGGGACUACCGCUACACACCCAUCCUCGCGGGCACUUUCCUCAGCACCUUGGAACAAGCAAUGGUCGACAGCGAAGUCAACCUGAGCGGGUCCGUCGAAGCCAUCCUUCAGAUCCUAUUAGCAUGUAACGAUGGCUGCACGAAUAACUGGACGACUAGUGUCGAAGGCAGUGUUGCACUUGGGCUUGCAGAAAGCAUUCCCGACUUUAAGCAGUAUUCACCCAUUGCGACGUCUCCAUCUGCUCGGCCCUGGUUCACGGGUAGAAUGUUGAAGAUUGCGAAGAGACUGGGCGCGGACUCGUGGCACCGGAUCAAUGACUUCCUUUUCGAUUGUUUAACGCUUCGGGUUACUGAAUCAAGUGCUUAUCUUUGGGAGGCGGAUCUGCGGAGGGAGAUACUCGAUGCGCCGUUGACGAGCUAUGUUAUGCCUUCACUGAUGGUCUAA